AACCGUAGAAUCGUUGAUGAAUGGUAUCAUAAAUAUAGACAGUAUAAUGCUUUGGGGUACUUUCCAGAAGGAGCACGACACUGCUAUAACCUGAGUAUCAAGCAAGGCAUCAAUUAUCUAAUCAGAGCUGGUUUCGCAUAUGGAAACUAUGAUGGCCUUAAUAUAAAUCCAAGAUUUGCUAUACUGUAUAUUGGACCUAAUUUGUGGGCAUCGGUGUAUGCCGAACGUGAAGUAAACUUGGAGAUUAUUCACAUGGCAAAGUCAAACUCCAUGCAGAUUUGCCUUGUCAAAACAGGAACAACUACACAUUUCAUAUCAACUUUGGAGCUACGGCCUUUAAGAAAUGAUGCUUAUUCUACGCAAUCAGGUUCUUUGCAACUAGUAUGUCGGGAAUUUCCUAAGGUAGAGUUAAGCAUACGAGUAAUUAAGUUUUAA